CUCCUCUCUCGGUGGAUGUGGAUCAGAUGAUCGGGGUGUAGCGGACGGAUCUGCAUCAUGGAGACGACUGAAGCUCUCGGUCAGCAGGAUCGACUGCAGCUCCUCGCAGAGAAGCGGAAGUGGCAGACGGAGGUUGAGAACAAGAAGCGUCAGCUGGAGGACGACCGGCGAACGCUGCAACACCUGAAGUCGAAGGCUCUGAGGGAGCGCUGGCUGCUGGACGGAGCGCCGUCUGCUGGACCUGAACAGGACGAGGUGAAGAGACAACUGGAGCAGGAUGAGGCCAAGACCAGGAGCCUGGAGGACACCAUCAACAGGUUGGAGCAGGAGCUGGUCAGUCUGGAGUCUGGAGGCGUGUCUCAGACCAUCAAACACACCACAGUGACAUCAGGAUCAGUUAAAGCUGUAGAGGUCAAAGGUCACAGCAGCAGUCAGCAGGACAGAGCUGCAGCGACUGGUCAGGUAGUUCAAGCCCUUGCAGAGGUCAAGGUUCAGAAAAGCCCUCGAUUGAACAAACCAACAGAGGCGACAGAGGAGAUGAAGAGAGCGAUGUACUCGGUGGAGAUUAAAGUAGAGCGGGACAGACUGACGGGGGAAACCAGAGUUCUGUCCAGUCACACCAAACUUCCUGUCGACCUCUCUCACCAGGGGGUCAAAGUUUACGAGGACGAGCGGAAAGUGGUCCAUGAGAUGAACGGUGAAGACGCCGUCCUGCUCAGCUCCUCCGAGGUCGAGGAGCUCAUCCACAAAGCUGACGAGGCUUCGAUGAUGUCACAGACCAUCGCCACGGUGACCUCGCUCCCAACCGCGGAGGUGCAGGAGGAGGCGGGGCCAGAGCCACAGCAGGUGGCGACAGAGAUCACCGGGUUGGAGGCCAAACCGGAGAGCGAGCUGGGUGUGGCCGAGGCCAGCGAGGAGAAGCCAGUCACCAUGGUGUUCAUGGGAUACCAGAGCGUGGAGGACGAGGACGAGACCAAGAAGGUGCUGGGGCUGCGGGGGACGGUGAAGGCCGAGCUGGUGCUCAUCGAGGACACCAACGGGAAAACCUCACCAGAAGGAGGGAAGGAGGAGGCUGCACAGACAGCAACCCCGUCCCCCAACUCCACAACCCCGCCCCCAGUCUCCACAGCCCCGCCCCCCACCUCAACAGCCCUGCCCCCAGCCUCCGCAGCCCCCCCAGCCUCCAAACCUCCAGAGACGGCUGCAGCGAGCAACGGGGAGACGAGGGAGGCGGAGGGAGGAGUGGUGCAGAUAAAGAAGGAGAAGCAGCCGUGUAAGUGCUGCAGCAUCAUGUGAGCCUGCAGGGGGCGCUGCUGCUAAAUCUAAUCACAUAAAAGGACAGAGAUGCUCCAGGACAAAAAACUACAGGAACUAAACUCCACCCACUGCCUACAGCCCCGCCUCUAACAACAUGACAUCACUUCCUGUUUCUUCAUUCUCAUGUUUUAUAAAUCUUUCUUUACUUUUUCUAUUUUCUUGAAGCCUUUUUAAUUUUUGUAUCCCUCAUGUUUCCAGCCGUGUUGUGAUGAGCAUCUGACUAGCAUUAGCAUUAGCCAUGCAGAUUUGUAACCUUUAACCUCAUCUCUCUCUUUAUAAGCUCUAAUAUAAAGCAGUGAAUUGAUUUUAGAGUUGUAUUUAUUUGGUUUUGUAAGUUUGUGCAGAUUCUGCGGCUGCAGAUUUUGUUUCUGCAGAUUCUUUCAGCUUUUUUGGGGGUUUUAUAAAAGAAAAAAAUAAAAGUGACAUGACAGACGAGUCGACUCAGUGAUGAACAGAAGAACUCAGUGACGUCAUUACCUCCAUCAUCCUCCAUCACAUCACAUGACCUCACUUUCUGUUUCCUCCACCUGCAGCUUCAAACACGCCAGAUCUUAUUAAUCAUUUUGACUUUUUUCUUUUAUAAAACCAAAGAUGUUUUUCCUUCCUGACAGUCAGCUGACCGAUUAUCAGACUGUUUUCAUUUCAUUAAUGCCCUCUAACCAAUCAGCUGCACACAUACAUGAGACCAAAAUUGUAAUAUAAAGGCUGUGGAUCCUGAACCACGAUGACUUUAUGCAUAAACAAGGGACUGCCAGAAAGUAAGUUUCUUGUGAAAGUGUCAGAAAUCCUGUAAAAGUUCCAGAGAACAAAACAGUAAAGCAGUAAGAAUUAAAAACCUUUGUCAACCUAAAAAUCUAUUUUUUUGCCUUUUGUACAGAUCAAC